AUGGUUAUCGAUCUCAAAGGAAAACACUAUUGUGCGAGGAAUUCGCCGCAGAGCGCGCACGCCGCUAGUGAUGUGACAAUGUCGAGCUCGGGGUCCGUGAGCAGCCGGCUGCGGCAGCUAGGGCUGUACCGCAGCAUCGACGCCAGGACUGAGGAGUUCCUCAGGUUGUCCAGGAGACGCCAGAUCAAGCAGGGCUGCGUCUGCGCAGCCGUGUCCACUGCGGUCACUGUUACAGUUGUAAUUUGUGUGAUCCUUGUGUACGAGUAUAUCAUCAUAAGCGAAAGGUCAAGGCAAGUGCAGAGCUGGCGCAACCUCAUGAACUCCAGCGCUGGCACACUGCCAUUUCGUGCAGAAUUAAAUGACAUCAUAAAUAUAGACCUGGCUGCACCAAAAUUGCUUCCAAGACUUAUAAAAACGUUGAGCCAAAAUCGAUUCAUUAACGAAAUAAUCGGCGAUACUCCCAAUGAUAUUGAGUAUAGAAAAAAAAUAUUUCUUGAUGUUAGAAACUGGAUAGUUCUACUGAUCUGCGAAUACAUGAUUGUAGUAGAAACGAAUACAGUACAAAAUAUGAAGAAAGUAAACGUGGGCAAAAGAACACAUGAUUCACCAGUUGCUGAUAAACUCGACCGAAGUGAUUUCGGUUUCGAUCAAGAUUAUUUUGAAAGAAUGCCUCUCCUUUUAAAUGCAUUACAAGAUAAUAGCUACAUUGAUCCGACGGCAGAAAUGCCAGCGAUAACAAGAAAAGGGCCACAUUUAAGACAUCACAACUAUCGAGCCACCGCUUACCCACCUAGAAAGACGAUUCGAAAAUCAAGCCCACAACCCUUCCUAUUUGAAUAUAGAAGCCCUUAUCCUAGACCGUUCCGAAAAGAAGCUACUAGUACUUCGAACAGUUGGUCAGAAAGCUAUCAUAAUGCGCAGAGAUUGAAAAACUUAAACGAUGUUGUCAAAUACCUCGAAAAGACACUAAACGCAAAAUUUGGUGAGCUGUACAUUCCAUCUGAAAGUCAAGUGGCUUUUUCUAAUUUAUUCGUGGCCCCAACAAACGGUCAAAGACAUAAUAAUCCUAAGCAUCAAGAAAAAGGUAAUAAAUUUGAAGAAUAUUGGAAUCACCACAUUGAUCCAUUGUUUUCAUUUAAACCUGAGAAUCCCAGUGAUGUCAACUUUUUAGUAGAUGAUACAAAGCUAUACUUUAUUUCUCGCAAGAAAAGUUUACCGAGACUGAGAUACUCAGCAAAAAAAUGUUUGCGACGAAAUUGUGAGACUUAUGAGCCAAAUCAAAGAGACAGCCAAGUUUUUAAUUUUGAAGGAAUCCAAAAUCACAGGCAUGAGAACACAGAUAGUCUUAAAGGGUAUGAAAACUUAGAUAAUCAAAAAAAUAUCGACCCUAAUAAGAUAACCAUUACAACGAAUCGACCUUUAUUCCAAUUUAGACGAAAAACUUACAAGCCAAAAGGCAGACACACGUUUUCAGAUAAUAGACAAACUAAAGAGGGACAAGAAAGCCAAAUAAACAUACAAAAAGAGCGACCUGGUAUACCACAGCUUAUAUUACGUUUAAACCUUUAUUCACUUAAAGAUACUGAUUCCAGUAAAUUAACAUCAACAACACCCCAACCUGUUUAUAGUUCUGAACCAAUAACUACACCUCUCAUAAAACAUUACGUGACAGAUAACGUAAAUCAAUUUGAACUUGACGCUACCAGUGUUGAAGACUUUCACAUAGGGAGCUCUGGGGUUAUACCGAUUACACAACCAACGUCACCAUCUACUUAUCCUAUAACAACUCCUAUAGUUCCACAUAUAAUUCCAGACUUGAAUAUAGGCGAACAAAUAACCACAGUUCCGACCACAAGCCCCCCAGAAAUAUUUAAAUUUAACCCUGAAGAUGCAAAAGUACCAGAUCAAUAUUUAAAUCUUAGAACAACAGAGCAACCCUUUAUGUAUACAACUGAUUUCAGAUAUUUAUACGAAGACAGGAAUCAAAAAGAUAAUAUAAAUUCAUAUCAGCAUAACAACAACAUAAGAAAAUCAGACGUAACUAUAACCACAUACAAUUAUGAUAACGGAAAAGAAUCUAAAGAAGAUGAAGAUAAAAACGAAGAUGAUAACCUUGAAACUCUUAUAGUUAAACUGAAAAAUUCUAUUUCUUCAACAACUCAGGAAUACAAGGAUGAAGAUGAUCCAGAAAAUGUUACCGAAACCUAUGUUCCUCAAUUGAAUGGUCAUUACAGAAACAUAAAAUAUAAAAAUCUAAGUACUUUACUAAAAGAAAGUUCAGAAAGAUAUAGAAAAAGAUUGGCAAACUUGACUAUUAUGAAAAGGCCGUAUGUGCCUAUGCUGAGAGAUGGCAAAAAUAAUGCUACUGACCUCUUUAGAAUAUAG